AUGGAGUACUCCCAAGGCAAAAAAUACUCAGGCCUAACAAAUUCAAAUAGGCUCAUUGACGAUAUUAAUUUGAUUCCAAGUCUUCAUCUAUACCAAGAAAUUGUCUUUGGGAUCUGCAAAGUUGGCCCUUCAAAUUUAGAAUGGAGAGGACAAAAGGUGCUAUGGGAAGACCAAGAAUCAAUUUUAUUGACUGUUCGGGAUGCGAAUCAGAUCAUACAGCUCGAACAAACUGUUUCUGACAACAAACUCAAAAAUGUCCUUCUACGAUCUGUUUCACACGAAUUGAGGACUCCAAUAAACGCAAUUGUGGCUUUGGUUGAUUCUUUAAAAGAAGAAAUCGAAAUUGUUAGUAAUGAGGACUUUAAAGAGAAGCUUGACAUCAUUUCUGUGUCUUCUCAGCUUUUAUUGUCAUUAGUGAAUGAUUUAUUAGAUUAUUCAAGAAUUCUUGCUGGAGUAUUUUCUAUUCAAAAAUCAAAAUUCUCGUUCAGAAACCUAAUUGGAAGCGCAAUACAGCUAGUAAAAAUUCAAGCUGAGAAGAAAGGACUAAAAUUAAUUACUCGGAUAGACAAGGAUCUGCCAGCUUAUGUAUUUACCGAUCCUUUGAGGCUAAAUCAAGUGCUAUUGAACCUCUUAGGCAAUGCUCUGAAAUUUACUCUGAAAGGCUACAUUGAAAUCUGUUGCUUGCUCGCCAGCAAAAAUAAAGUAAAAAUAAUUGUUACUGACACUGGUAUUGGAAUCGAAGAAAGUAAAAUGUCUAAUUUAUUUCAAGAAUUUAAUACCAAUCACAACAGAAAUUUAAAUCCUUCUGGAUGUGGCCUUGGCUUAUUCAUUUCUAACGUGAUUGUCCAAGAGCUGGGGUCAAAGCCAAUAGAAGUGGAGUCUAAGCUUCAUGAAGGCUCAUCCUUUAGCUUUAUAAUCAAUAUUUCAGAAGAAAAUUUCAAUUUUGAUGAUUUAGAGUCUGUAUUUACAGACGAAAGUAUUUUAGAAAGCACCAGUCCAAUAUGAGUGAAAGAUUUCACUGAACUCCUGGAAAAAGAGUUCCCACAAGUUCUUAUUGUCGAUGACAAUGAUUUUAAUAGAUUUGCUUUGGGCACGCUUCUAAAUAAUAAUGAUAUAUUAUUUUCAGAGGCUUGCACUGGAAGACAAGCUAUCAAAUGCGUAAAAGAAGCUGAUGAAAGAAGCAAACCUUAUAAGCUAAUUAUUAUGGACGGAAGUAUGCCUGAGUUGGAUGGGUGAGAAGCUACAAAAUUAAUAUUUGAAAUGUAUUAUAGAGGGGAGAUUCACAGCUUCCCAAUCAUUGUUGGCUACACAGCUUUUAGUUCGGAUUUAGAAAUUUCAAAAUGCAUUGAAAGUGGAAUGAAAGAAUGCAUUAUUAAACCCUGCAAAGCAGAAAUUCUUAUUCAAAAAAUCGCAAAAUAUUUAUUUAUGUAG